GUUACCUCCGGGGUGGCGCCACGCGUACGUCAACGAUCUGCUAAACAACUGUUCCGGUGCUACUGCAAGGGACCGCAACUUGGCUUGCUUGUCACCCAUCGACGGACCGAAACGCUAGUGAGUAAAUUUCCAGAUCUCAACAGCAAACUAUCGCCAAUUGUAUCAGCCCCGGAAAAUCGCCUUGAAGAACGCGGGAUUCCACAAUAAAAUAACAAUAAAAAAAAAAGAAAUGGCGAACCCCACCGCCACAAUCCCCCAACCAGCCAUCUCACCAGACGACGCCGAGCCCACGCGUUGGUUGGACCAGCCGCUCCCCACGCCCAAGUUCGGCGACCACGGCUACUGCACCAUAGCGAGCAGCGUGCGCAUCGCCGCGCCGCCCCAGACCUGCCUGGGCGUCGUGCUCCACGCGCCGGGCUACGCGCCCCCGCAGGGCUGCUGGAACAACUGGGUGCGCAAGAUCGCCAUCACCGCGCCCGGCGCCGACGAUGCCGCGGGGAUCCCCGCCGAGCUGACGGGGCCCGACUACCUCUCCCACGGCGCGCGGUUCGACAUGUCGGUGGUCAUGGACCAGACGGCGACGUCGAGCCCGCGCGUGCAGUCGAUGGACGUGACGGCCUGCGAGGCCCUGGCCGACGGCAGGACGGGCUUCCGCGUCGGCUGGACCUACUGCAUGUUUGGCCUGCACUGCGAGAGGAUCCAGGAGUUUGUCGACGACGGCCAGGGCGGCACCCUCUACGCCACCUGGGAGACCUUUGGUGGCGUCAUCGCGAGGAUCGUGUGGAUGACCAACGCCGCCGGCAUCCAGAGGGGCUUUGUCGAGUGGGGUCGCGGGUUGAAGGAGAAGGCCGAGGCGAUGAGCUAGAGUUUUUUUUUGCCUUGUACGUAUCCGGCUGGGUUGGCUCCCAUUGGCAGCCUCUACGCCCGGGGCCGCUAGUGGCUUUUUUCACCGGGACAGAUACUUGUCCAGAUUGUACCAUACGUUCCAUAGCGAUGGCUUUUUUACAAGUCCCAAUAUCAGUACAGUAUACGCUUCAGCCUUUGAGCUGCGACUUGGGUUUUCUGGGCGCAA